AUGCAUACUAAUUCUAACUCAAAAAUAUCCAUUUUGAAUUCUUAUAGGUAUAUAUAUAGUGGAAUAAUAGAAUUGGAUCAACUCGAUGGUGCCGAUUUAUUACGAUUAAUGCUAGCCAGUGAUGAAUUACAACUUCCAAUUUUAAUCACUCAUGCUCAGGAUCAUUUAAUCAAAACCCAAUCUGAAUGGAUAAAUCAAACUUUAGUACCAAUUCUUCAUAUAGUAUGUCAUCAUGGUACUUUUGGAAAACUUCUUCGUAAACCAUUUAGAAAAUUACUUCCUUCUUUAAUUGAAGAACAAAUUCUUCAAUUUUAUUUGGAUCCUGAAAGUAGAGUUCAUAAUGUUUUUUUACCUAGGAAUAUUACUUCCGGUCCAAUCGAUUCCGUUCUCAUUGAUGGUCGUCAUGCUACUUUAAUAUCAAAUUGGAUCGAUAGAAAAGAUACAAAAUUAAACCUUAAAAGAAAAAAUCCUUAUAAAUUUAACCUUUUGGUUAGAGCUAGUAAAGAUGGUUUUGGUGUCGAUGUUUUUCACAAUCGAUGUGAUUCUGUAGCACGUACUUUGGUAUUGGCCAAAGUUAAAGGAACUAAUCAAAUUGUUGGUGGAUAUAAUCCAAUUAAAUGGAACUUUUCGGAAAAUUCUCAUGGUACAUCUGUUGGUCCUCAUAAAUCUUUCAAAAAGUUUGGCUCAACUUCGGAUUCGUUUAUAUUUUCAUUUAAUGAUACUCUUAACCCGACAAUGGCAACUUUGUCAAGAUUACAUGAAUCAUUGGAUGAUGAGGCUGUUUAUUUUUCUCAUAGUUAUGGCCCGUGUUUUGGUCAAAACGAUUUACAUAUGGUAGAUCAGAGUUGGAAUUGUAGAAAGACUAGUUACAAUCAUGAAAUAUUACCGGGUAGGUCAAAUUUUAUUGCUGAUGAUUAUGAGGUAUUUCAGAUUGUAGAAAAUGAUGGAUUGAAAGAGAAAAAAACUGAGGUACUAGAGGAAC